CGUCCCAGCACACACGAGCGCACGCACGGACGGACGGACGGACAUACAGCCGCACACACCCCCGCACACACCAAGUACACACGCACUGGCAGCCCGCACCCUGGCUCCCGCUCCGCCGCUCCGCGCCCGGGGGGAAGAUGAGCUCGGGGGACGUGGUUUGCACUGGAUGGCUCAUCAAAUCACCCCCCGAGAAGAAACUCAAGAGAUACGCCUGGCGGAAGCGCUGGUUCGUGCUGCGCAGGGGCCGCAUGAGUGGGAACCCCGACGUGCUGGAGUACUACAGGAACAACCACUCCAAAAAGCCCAUCCGCAUCAUCGACCUCAAUGAGUGCGAAGUGCUGAAGCACUCGGGGCCCAACUUCAUCAAGAAGGAAUUCCAGAACAACUUUGUCUUCAUCGUGAGAACCACCUACCGCACCUUCUACCUGGUAGCCAAGACUGAGGAGGAGAUGCAGAUCUGGGUGCGCAACAUCAGCCAGAUCUGUAACUUUGGACAUCUGGAAGAUGGCACAGGUUCUGUGGAGAGCCUGUCUCACACGACCUCGUCCCCACAGCCCUCGCCGGCCGCCUCCACGCACGCCUCCCGCAUCGCCGACCCCUCCUUCUCAGUGGAGCACGCUGCUGCUGAUGCUGCCGCCGAGGAGACCCCCAGCGAGUCUGGGUCAGUCUUCCUCCCUGACUACCUCUUCCUGUCCAACUGCGAGUCGGGCAAGCUCAGCCACAACAGGUGUGACAGCUGGUCAAAUUCAGACAGAUCUCUGGAGCAAACAUCAUCAGACGAUGUUUUUGUUGACUCCUUGCAAUCCCAGCCCUCCUUGUACCUUGUACAGCCAACCAGCGCUGGCGCCGUGCACCAGGUCGGAGCCCCAGUGGCAAAUCCCAGCAUGGUAUCCAGGAACACAGACAUUAGUGGUCCAUCCAGUGACUUUUCCUCCUCUUCCCCGCUGCUGGGGACGCCACUGACCCCAACGUUUCAGAUUGACAAGAGCCAGAAGGCGCUGCCCUUCGGGGUGACGCAGCUGGACGUGCUGUCCAACACGCCGCCGCCGCGGCCGCCCAAGCCAACGCACUUCUCAGACAGGAGGGGAGAGGAGCUGGGGGCCCUGCAGAACGGGCACACGGGCAUCUGCCGCACUCAGGUCGCUCUGGUGCCCAGAAGGAUCUCCUUGUCCAGCUUGGACAACAUGAGGAACUGGAAAGCAGACAUGGAAGGCAGUUCCCUAAGAAGUCGAGAUAAGAGGCUUAGCUUGAAUUUGCCGUGCCGCUUCUCCCCGCUGUGCUCGGCGGCCGCGGACAGCGCGGAGGACAGCUACGUGCCCAUGCGCCCCAGCACCUCGCCCUCCGCGCCCGCCUCCGACUGCUCCCCCGACGGAUACAUCCCCAUGAGCCCCGGCUCCGCCACCUUCACCUUCCCCGUCGUCAGCACUGAAAAACUCACCAGCCCCUUGCCUGAGCUUCCCUCCGAUGUGGAGCCCCCGCCGGUGAACCGGGACCUCAAGCCUCGGAGGAAGUCACGACCACCUCCUCUGGACUUGAGGAACCUCUCCACGAUCCGGGAGCAUGCUGCCGUGACCAGGAUGUGGACUGUGCCUUACAAUCGAAUGAGCUUUAUCUCACCAGAAAGAGACAGUAUUAAUUCAGCAAGAAUAUUUGCCAAUUCAGUUUCCGGAGAAGAGGAAGAAAGUUACAUUCAUAUGGAACACAGACAGGCCACCUCUCCAUACAGUGGUGCUUUUCCAUGGACAAGGAAAUCUAACCUUGAUUACUUAGCACUGGAUUUUAACUCUGCUUCCCCAUCCCCUGUGCAGAAGAAACCUUUUCUGUCUGAGGAACAGAGAGUGGACUAUGUCCAGGUAGAUGAACAGAAGACUCAAGCUUUACAGAACACUAAGCAGGAAUGGACAGAUGAACGACAAUCAAAAGUAUAAAGAACGAAGAUUUGGGAUCUGGAGGGUUUUUUUUUUUUGCACUGGAACCACAAUGUUAAUGAAGCAGCUAUCACAGUAGAGCUCAAAGGCAGAGUUGUAAGAUGCUUACAGUCUGUAGAGGCAUUUUCACUGGAAACCUUUGAUUUCAGCUGGAAGAAGUAUGUUGAGUGAGUGAGUGGUUCACUGAUGACUAAAGUAAUGCAUUAGCCUUUUACUGCCCUUACCAGUAUGCUCCAUGGUACCAUUUUCUGGCAUGAUUCUGCAACGAGUCAUACACUUAACAUUAACAAAUCCACUACAAGUUGUAUUAAUCUAGUUUGUCCUGCCUUCUCCUUCUGUUGCAUAAUUCCUAGUUGCUAAAGCUAUUUUUUGAUAUUCCUACAAAUGCUGCAGGUGCUCAGAGUGCUUUUAUGGCAACAGGCAUCUGACAGGUUUUGGUGACUAAUCAACUAAGGGCUAAAAUACUGAAACAAUAAUAAGAACUUUUUGAAUAUAUAGUGCUUAAGCAAAGAGAAUUUUGAAAAAUAUUUUUCCCCUGGGUUUAAAAGGUCUGGCUGUGAGCUGAUGCUGUCAGGACUCAAAACACGACUACGUGCCCAUGUGACUGGAAUGCAUGGUCUUUGACCCUCUGGUCAUUGUACUCAGCUUCUUCCCUCCAUUGUGGCUCAUACCUGUCACUUUUCUGUCUGAUUCCUACUGAUGUUUCCUGCCCUGUCUUGGGAAGUGUCUUCGGCACAGCACAGCUGCUCUUCUAGGAGGAGGCUGCAGCCACACAGCUCUUGGCUGGCCAAAAAAUAGAAAGGGAAGCUGUGAGCCUGUUUCUGCAAGCCUUGAGAGAACUGGCAAAGGAUCAAGACUGCUUUCAUCUGAACAGCAGAAGGAAUGCCAUUGGAAUGCUGGUAGCAGUCGUCAAUCUGAUUGUUUCACUAGACCCACCCCGAAAUAAAAAGGAGCAUUAGGAAGUGCAGCGUGCUCUGAGAGGCCGGGAGCCUGCCAAAACAGGACAACAAUGUGCUCAUGCAGCAUGAGGACCUCUGGGCUCAGGAAGCUUAUCUACCUUGGGACUUGUUACAGGCACUAUCUCAGGAUGACAUGUGUGUAUAGUUUAUAAGAUAUUUAACUU